AUGUCUUUAAUUUCAGCUGUGGAAGAAAGAGAUAUACCAAACAUAGGAAAGAGCUUAUCUGGCGGGGAGAGCAGGACUUCGUCCAUAACAUCGUCAAAAAAGUCGCUCAAACGUGCUUCCAGAUCUCAGAAAAAGCCAAGAGUGUACCAGACAACGGGUGAACCUUUGAGCAGAGAAGCCUUGUAUAAGGCUAAAUUGAAAUACGGAGUUUAUCAAUCACCUGCCCAAAGCUACUCAAUUGGUGUUAGCGAUGCUCAUGCAGCUUCGGAUAAAGCAGCUAAUUUAGCUCACGACAAUCAAACUCCCGUAGAAGCUUACAAACGUAUGUUUAUCGACCCUAAUGCCACGAAAGCCGCAUCCAAAAUGGGACCCAGAGUUAUUCGCCAAAAUUCAAUCACUUCUAAAAAUUCACAAGAACCACAGACAAAGAGAAAAGCCAAAGAAUCUUCGGGGGCUGCUGCAUCGAAAGCCUAUUCGAUGACAAUGGAAACUAGCAGCUUAAGCUCUCAAACAAACAAUAGGUCGUAUUCUAUUACCUCUGCUAGCUCCGUUUUAAGUGGUGCUAGUACUAGUUUGAGCAACACAAUCAAUCCUAAGCCCAAGACUAUGAAUUUGGAGAAAGUCUUAAUGGGCGCUGAAAAAAAAGCAGAAUCUCGUAUCAAGGAAAGGUGGGAACCUGAAAAGGCAAACUUUCAAUAUGGUGUCAAAACCGAUGAGCAUGGCAGAUUAAACCAAUUUAGUUUUUCUAAUGAUAUGAUGAAUAACAUUAUGGCCAAAGUGGACGCUCCAAAAGCACAAAACUUACAGAAGGACAAGAAACUUGCAGCUGAGCAAGAAGCCACGUCAAUGAAAUUUGCAUUAGGUGCCGCUAAUGCUGUAAAAGACAUGCAUCCCGGCCAGGAUAUCGAUAAAAGUUUAGCUUUAAAAGCCCAAAAGAGAGACACCUACCUCAGUCAAUUAACUUCCCAGCAAGUUUUAACUUUGGCAAGAGCCAAUGUUGACAAACAGUUGGACAUUAUUGAAAAGAGCGAUAUGCACAAAAAGUUAUUCACAAAUAUGGAAUACAACAAAGCCGCUGUCGCAGUUGCACAAUCUAAUCAGCAAAAGAAAACAGAGUUCCACAACAAGAUUAACAUGGGUGGUGGUUUGUUCUUAUCACCAGAAGAUAUCACUAAAAUCGCAUCGGGAUUGAUCUCUCCAGUACUUGGUGAAGUCAGUGAGAGAGCGGAAGCACAACGUGCUAUGGAUGAGGAAAUUGCGGAAAGGACCGAAGCCUACAGCAACUCGUUGAAUGAAUGGGAAUCCAUGGAACGUUCGAUGAUUUCUAACGAUGCCAAAAUAUUAACUACCACGGCAAAUAGACAACAAACUGAAAAAAAGGUCACCCAAGAGAAGGUCAAAGCCAGUUAUGAUGCACUUGUGGCCAGGAUGGAUGCGAAAGUUGCUGAAAGCGAAAGUUUACUUGAAGAUUCAAAGAACAAAGAAAUCGAAUUUAAAAAGCAAAUGCAACAAGAACUACAAGAUGAGAAAGCCCGUCUAGACCAAGAUUUGGAAGAAUGGGGUAGAAACUGUGAACAGGAUAUCACCGAAGCACGUAAAGAACAAGAAGAGUUAUUGAAGCCUUACCAUGAAGAUUUGGCAAAUGCAGAAGCGGAACAUAAAACUUUAGUAGAAGAGCGUGAUUCUAUUAACGCAGAAAUUUCCAGAUUACAAGAUGCUAUUGUUGAUCAUAAAAGGAAAAUCACCAACUAUGGAAAUGAUCUCGAUGCUCAAAAGAACAGAAAUGUCAGAGAAGAUGAUAAAUUAGUAGAAUUAGGAAAAGCCAAAGAAUCAUUGGAAUCUCAUUUAAACGAUAAUGUUAUCAUUCUUGCUAAUAAGGCUAAAGAACAAGCUGAACUAUCAACCAAGGAAGCUCGGUUGAAGCAAUUGGAAGUGGAUUCAUUGAUUAACGAACGUAAGAGCGAAUUGAAUGCAACGGAAAUUGAUUUAAAAAAGGAAAAACUAAAUCUUUUAGAAGCCAUGAAAGAUGUAGCUUCUGCACGUGGUGAUGAUAAAAUUGACGAAGAAAAAGUUAAAAGGUUAAUCGGUAUGACUUCUGGAGAAUAUUUUACGCAAAACAAAUCGGUAAAAAAAAGUGUUGAAGUUUUACCAACCCAACUUGAAGAAAAAGAAGAGGGGGAAGGUGGAAACAAAGAAGAGGCUACAGACCUCAAAAGCAAAGAUUCGGAUGGAGGUAAAAAUCCAGUAGACAUUACUGCGAAAAAAACUACCGAAACCGGCUCGAAUGCACCAACACAAGAAACAGAAGGUAAUAAUUUAGAAAGUAAGAAAGAGAGCGCCGAUGGUGACGAACCUAAAAAUUCAAGAAAACUUUCUGUAUCACAGAAAAAAGCAGAUAGUAAACCAGUGGGAGUUAGCCCUGACAGCUUGGAACAUACAUUUAGUGGAUUUUCACAAGGUUCUUCAAUUGAAGAUGACAAUCAGGAUGUAAUUGAUAAUCAAACGGAGAAGUAG